AUAUUUUAAACACUGCCAAAAUGUCAAUUGACGUCAUUUGGUAUAUUUUUCCGAAACAAUUUGGACUUUAUAACGUGUUUGAUCAUGACGAUAAUGGGUUGCCAAGCGGGCAAUCAUUAUUCAAAUUGUAUCAAGAUCGUACUACUGAGAUUAAGAAAUUUAAUGAUGAUAUACCUCCUCGCUUGAUUCAAGUGUUGCCCAUGAUAGACCGGAUGAUUUCACGCCAUAAAAAAUGUCAAUACGGAGCGUUACUUAACAGAUAUUGUCCUGUGAUGGUGCAAAAAAAGUUAUUCGCUCUUGCUACAGUCAAUAACCCUCACACCCAGGAUUUGAAUUCCUAUUCAAAUUUAUAUCAGAUUACGCAAUGCAAGUGGCUUUUUGUAGAGGGUCACAAAAAAAACAAGAUCGAAGCUGAUAAGCGUACUGAACUAUUAUAUGAAUUUAUCUGGUGGAUAUUUGAUUGUUUUGUUAUUCCGUUGCUUCAAAAUACUUUCUAUAUAACUACCAACGCAACAUACAAGAAUCGCGUGUUUUACUAUCGUCACGAUAUCUGGUUACGAAUUGAACAAAGCGGUAUAGAAUCAUUGACAGAAGGCACCUUUGAAGAAGUUCCCAAAGAGAAUGAGAAACAAUUAUUGAACAAAAGCUUUUGGGGAUAUUCUUCUAUGCGAUUUAUUCCAAACAAUUUGAAAGGAACGAUGCGACCUGUUAUUAAUCUGAGUAGUGCGCUAAAGAUGUCCAAUGGAAGAGUGCAGAAGAAAUCUGUGAACGCAAUUUUACGAGAUGCGUUUCAAGCAUUAACAUACGAAAAGGAUAUGAAAUUAUCGGACAAAGAUUCUUCUAAGCUGGGCGGUUCAGUGUUCAAUUUUAAUGAAAUUUACGAACGUUUGAAAAGUUUUAAACAAAAGCUUGGUGAAAAUAAAUCCAAGUUAUAUUUUGCAAAAGUGGAUGUUAAAUGUUGUUUUGAAUCAAUUAAUCAGGAUCAAGUCUUGGAAAUAGUUAAAGAUGUAUUAAAAGAAAGUGAAUAUGCAAUUCAUAAAUAUGAUAUGGUUUGCCAAAAAGGUGGUGCAGUGCGUGCACGUUAUAACUAUUAUGCCAACUCAUCAGAUGAUUUUCCUGAUUUUCCGAAUUUUGCAAGAAAAUCAGCACAAAAAUUCCCAAAUUCGGUUUUUGUUGAUCGCGUUAAAGAGUCGUUUCUAGAUAAGAAUGAUAUACUUGGUCUUUUGGAAAAGCAUAUAAAGUACAAUUUAAUAAAAAUGGAAUGGGAAUUAUUUCCUUUUGUAGAACACGAUGAUGGUGUCAUGUUACGUUUUCUUGACGAUUCACUGUACAUAAGUACGGACAAAAAAAAAGUUGAAAGAUUUAUAACUGCAAUGCAUAAAGGUCAUCCGAAAUAUAGUUGUGUUGUUAACAAAGAAAAGAGUUUAACAAACUUUGAUAUUAUCAUUGAUGGGGAGCCGAUAGAGAAAUUGAGUAAUACGCGUGAUUUUCCGUGGUGUGGGAUUUUAAUUAAUACAUCCUCAUUGAAUUGUAAAGUUGAUUAUAUGCGAUAUAGCUUUUCGUAUAUUGCAGAUACUUUAACAGUAAAUACAUCAAGACAUCCCGGUGAAGUAUUUAGACAGAAGAUGAUUGAGUAA